GAGAGGCAACUGGAGCUACAGCCAUGCUGCUAUACACUCUGGCCCUCACCCUCAUCUUGAUGGCAGCUUCUGGCACUGUGUGCGAUGUGAAGGACGUUUGUAUUGGAAGCCCUGGUAUCCCUGGCACUCCUGGAUCCCAUGGCCUGCCAGGCAGAGAUGGGAGAGAUGGCAUCAAAGGAGACCCUGGACCUCCAGGUCCCAUGGGACCCCCCGGUGGAAUGCCAGGCCUCCCUGGGCGUGAUGGGUUGACAGGAGCACCUGGUGUCACUGGAGAGCGUGGAGACAAGGGGGAACCUGGUGAGAGGGGCCCUCCAGGGUUUCCGGCUUAUCAAGAUGAGGAGCUCCAAACCACACUCCAGGACUUGAAACAUCAAAUCCUGCAGUCAAUGGGAGUCCUCACUUUACAGGGGUCCAUGCUGACUGUGGGAGAGAAGGUCUUCUCCACCAAUGGGCAGUCGGUCAAUUUUGAUGCCAUUAGAGAGUUAUGUGCCAGAGCAGGCGGUCACAUCGCUGUCCCGAGGAGUCCAGAGGAAAAUGAGGCCAUUGCAAGCAUCGUGAAGAAAUACAACACUUAUGCCUACCUGGGCCUGGCUGAGGGCUCCAACCCUGGAGAAUUCCACUACCUGGAUGGGGCCCCUGUGAACUAUACCAAGUGGUACCCAGGGGAGCCCAAGGGCUGGGGCAGAGAGAAAUGUGUGGAGAUGUACACAGAUGGGCAGUGGAAUGACAGGAACUGCCUGCAGUACCGGCUGGCCAUCUGUGAGUUUUGAGAGGCACUUAGGCCACAG